AUGGCCAGUGUUAAAAAGCUAUUUAAGGCCCUUAAAGACUCGCCUGGUAAAGGAGUUAAAAGACAUAUUGCCCAAGAAAUUAUUAGUACUUAUUGUCGAGUUUCUGCUAUUUCUAAUUUACUAUUUACUGAGACUCUUUCUUUAUCUGAAAGCACUACCUGGGAGGACCGAGUAGCUGCUUCGCGAGUGAUUGAAGAGAUGGCUAGGUGUGGAUCUAUUUGUGAGUCGUUUAUCUUAAAAGAAUAUUCCUUAUCUCUUGAUAUUGAUGAAGUUCUAGCCCGGCCUAAGUUCUUAGCUGCUUAUUACAACGGACAAGAGGACUCUAAGGCUAAAGGCAAGAGCUUUAUCGAUCUAGAAGACCAUAACGUUGUCCUUAGUCUUAGUAACAUCAAAAUUCCUGGUGUAGCUGCUAAAGAUAAAGAUAAAAAGGACGAAGGAGGACUCUUCAAGCGCAAGAAGGCUAAAGAGAGAAAAGAAGACCUUUUAGAGAAGAAAGAGAUUGAGUCGGCUGAAGGGUUUUAUAGUGCGGUAUUAAGUAAUUUAGAGUCCUAUACCUGGGAGACUAGGCAUGGGGCAGCUUUAGUUCUAUUGGGACUCUUCCGGGGCAUGCACUUGCGGGAGUCUCAGGUUUUAACAAGUAAUACUUUAGAUAGUGGGCGGUUUUUAAGGCCUUUAUUAGUGACUUUGAUGUUAGAUAGGUUUAAUGAUUAUGAGAUGGAUGUAGCUUUAUCACCAGUACGAGAAACGGUCGGUAAGGCCUUACAGGAACUCUAUGGCUUCUUACCGGGUGGAGUGGCAGCAGCAACUCUUUCCUUAUUAGCAACUUUAGGUGGGUAUGAAGAGUGGCAGGUUAAGUACAGUGGACUAAUUGGAGUACGGUGUAUCUUAGGAUCGGCUGGUCUGCAAUUAACGCCUAAAAUUGCGGCUAGUAUUGGUGAGGUCUGUUUAGGCCUACUAAACGACUUUGAUGAGGACGUAAAGGGAAUGGCAGCUUCUAUUUUAGAAGGUCUAGUUAGUUCACGGGCGGCUGAAGGCGAGAAUAAGCAAAUGCCGGUCUCAGGAGAUAAGAUAGUUGAAUUGUGCUGGGAAGCUUUGGCUGAAGAGGAAGACUUGGCGGCAGCUAAGGCUAAGAUCAUUGCUUUAAUGGAGACUUUGCGGAAAUUAGGUUGUUCUUUAGGCGAGUUAGAUAAGGAGCAGUAUUUAUCUUUGUUGCGACUAGUACGUAAUUCAAUUGAUAGUGUACGUUUGGCUGUUCUUCAACUCUUAGAAUCAGUGCCAGUUGUAUCUCCACGUGAUGCUUUAUCUGCUUUGAUGUUUAGUAUGCUUAUGGAGACAGAAGAGGAGAUUUCACGACGGACUAGACCGGUUUUAGCUAAGGUAGUUAAGUCAGUAGGUGAGAAAGACUUAAAAUCGGUAGUUGAAGCUAUGCUGCCUUUGAUUUGUGCAUCUCCGAGUAGUGGUGAUGCGUUGAAGAAAUUAGGGACUUUGAUUGUGAUUGGUGAGACUGAUAUUUGUGUUUCUGAUGAUGGGUGUAAGGCAGCUGGACCGGAACGAGUGCUUUUUGGCCGAGUAGCUCUUUUUGAAGCGAUUAUGGAUAUGCCUGAGACUCGGGCUGUGGCCAAGUCGUUUUUCAAGAGUAGUAGUCGGCCUUUGCCCUACUUUGGACUCUUUAAAGGAGUAUUAAGCAUAAGUAUGGGUCAAGCAGGGUUAGAAGAGUUUCUGGAAGUUGAAGCUAAGCUAGAGAAUAAUGGAGAUCUUAAUCGGGGUGUAUUUGCUCUGGUUAGGAUAGGACUAGGUAAGGCUCCAACUGAAAGUUACUCGGCUUUACUUUAUCUAUUUAUGCUACUUACUCCAAUGCCGCUACUAAGACUACUUUCACGUACGAUUCGCCAAAUGCUAAUACAAGCAAAUCGACCAGUAGAUACGCAAGCGAGUUCUAAUUCGCAUAGUAAGUGCUUGGAAGAUCUGCUUAAUUUCGCCGUUGAAGCCGUUUGUAAGCGCGAAGAAGAGUUACAACGUGAAGAUGCCAAUCGACUAGCUGAAAAGGAAGAUAAGAAACCAAAAGAAAGAGAGGUUAAACGGCCUAAAGUAGCCGAUGACAUCCCAGAAGAUGAAGAGCCCUGGCGACUUCAAGUCCUCUUCCAAGAACUAGGCGAUGAGUUCUUAAGUACUCCCAGCUUCCAAAGUCUUAAACAGAACCCAACUCGUGCAGUUUCUUUCCUUAAGUCUACUUUAAGUUGUUUUACGCGCUUAGAAGAGUUAGUCUUUGCCUUUAAACCUGCGAUUGAUUUACUAGUCCCAGAAGUAGUUGGGUUUUUAAUAGGUAGAGAUAGUGCUUUAAAUGAACUAUUUGUGCUGCAAAUGAAAGAUAUUCUUGAUAAAAUGCCCAGUAAUCCAGCUGGUAAUAAUUAUGCUAAGCAAUUAGUCUUCUUAGAAGCAUGCAUUCCUUCUUCUCGGCCUGAUUUACUAGUUGUUCUGGUCUUCCCCUUGAUUAGAACAAUGAACGUAGUGUUUAGUGCUCCUGGUGUUCGUGAAGCAGCUUCUAAAGCCUUUUCGGCUCUUGUGCCUUUUAUGUACUUAAAGAGUCCGGUUGUUUGUGCCCAUGAUACUCUUAGGGCUCUAGUUCUUUCGGAAAGGUCUAAGAUUGAAGAUCUACAUCGCCGUGAUGACUUAAGUUCUGUACCGAUGAAGGUCACUCUUCGGGAGUACCAGAAGAAAGGAAUUGAGUGGCUAGGGUUCUUGCAUAAGAGUGGACUGUCCGGUAUGUUAUGCGAUGACAUGGGACUUGGUAAGACUGUGCAGGUUCUAGCUUUUAUAGCCCUACAGCAGACUAAGACUAAACAACCGGGUCCAGUUCUAGUUAUGUGUCCUUCGGCCUUAACUGGUCAUUGGCAUACAGAGGUAGACUCUCUCUUCCCUACUCUUAGCAGUACAACCAUUCAGGACUUCAAGGGAGUUGGGAUUUGUGUUGCUUCUUAUGAUAAGUUUAGAAUGAACUAUGAAGCAUUUACACAGUAUAAUUGGCACUAUCUUGUUCUUGAUGAAGGUCAUAUUAUUAAGAAUGCUAACACAGUUCUUCAUGCCCGAGUUAAGAUGUUAAGAGCCCAGAAUAAGAUUCUACUAAGUGGAACGCCGAUUCAAAACUCGGUGGCUGAGCUUUGGGCCUUGUUUGACAUUCUUAUGCCGGGAUACUUAGGAAGUGAGAAAGAGUUUGGGGCUGAGUACUUAAGACCUAUUAUGCGCGGUCGUGAGGAUAAAGGUACACUAGCGGAAGCUGAAGAAGCUCGGAAAAAGUUGGAAGCUCUGCACCAGCGCGUUCUUCCUUUUAUGUUGCGGCGGAUGAAAGAGGCUGUUUUGGCUGACUUACCGCCUAAGGUAAUUACGGAUGUACGGGUGCAGAUGGAAGAAGUGCAGCGGAAGAUUUAUGAGGAGUUACUUAGUGAAGGAGAUACGGCGGCCGAGUAUGGUGAAGUGUCUACUUCAUCGCGAAGCUUUGCUCAUCUCUCUAAACUUAUUCGUACAUGUUCUCAUCCAGGUCUCUUAUCAAAGACUGAUGAUCCUUUAGGGUUGAGUUGUGCGGAACGGGCUAAGCUACCUUCUGGGAAGAUGUUGGCUUUACUGGACUUGUUAAAGACUAUGGUAGGUACGAGUAAGGUCUUGGUUUUCUGUCAGUAUAAGGCGACUAUUGAUAUUGUAUCGGCAACGGUGGCGGAAGUAAUGCCGGAGGUGCGCUGGUGUCGGUUGGAUGGCACGGUUAAGGGCGACGAAAGAGCAGCACUGGCCAAACGGUUUAAUGGCGACCCGGAGUUAUCUAUUAUGUACUUAAGCACGCAUGCGGGUGGGUUGGGUCUUAACUUGACUGGUGCCGAUGUAGUGAUCUUCUUUGAACACGACUGGAACCCGAUGAUGGACUUACAGGCGAUGGAUCGAGCCCAUCGACUUGGGCAAAAGCGGUCGGUGAGUGUCUUCCGGCUUAUUACUGAGCGCACGAUUGAAGAGAGUAUUAUGUCUCUGCAGAACUUCAAGCGGUACAUUGCUGGUGCUAUUGUUAACCAGCAAAAUGUUGAGAUUGAAAGCAUGGAUACGGCCAAUGCUCUAGAGCGCUUUGGCAAGGAGAAGACUUCAGCAGCACCAGUUGAUAAAGAAGAUGAAUAUCGUGAUCUGUUUUAG